UCUCUAACGUAGUGUGAAUAGUCAGUGGGUCGGCGAUCGCUAACGUGUGCGGUGCGCAGCGACCAGAACCGGCGGUUACCUGUUACCAACUUAAUAUAAAAUGGCGCUCGUUUUAAUUUGCUUUUUGGCGGUAAUAUGCAGUUUGCUACAACAAGGUUUAGCAAUCACAUGUUACCAAUGCAACAGCCACAACGACUCGAGAUGUCUGAUGACGAAGCUGCCAGACUCCCUGAGACUGCCGUGCGGGCCCAAGGACACCAUGUGCAGGAAGAUCUCCCAGGUGGUGGAGUUCGAGAUGAACGGCAUGCCUCCAGAUAGCAGGGUCAUCAGGGGAUGUGGAUGGGAUGAUACCAGUUACAAGGGUCGCUGCUACCAACGCUCAGGUUUCGGAGGCAGACAAGAAGUAUGCUCAUGCCUGGAAGACGGCUGCAAUUCCGCCUCCAUUCCCGUGGGCGCCACCGCCCUCAUGCUCAUCACCUUCGCCCUGCUGAGGUUUUAGUUGACGUGCCUUCGCCAACUGAACAUUAGCACCACAAUAUAGGCCCACUAAGACAUAUCAUGAAGAGCAGAAGUAAGAUCAUCACAACUAGAUUUCUGAAAAGCUUGUCUUAAACACCCACUGCCAAUUAUUAAUUUGUAAAACAAAAAUGUCAACAAAGUAGACAAUGAUGAUAGAGCACAUCUGCUGCAAAAUGUUAGAAAUGAAAUACUCGUAUGUACCAAAGAAACUGUUGUUGUUUCGUAAACUAUUGAGGCUUACUAUUUUGAGAGCGCUAAUAUAGUUGGCGAAAUCAAUGAUUUGAUAGAUUUAGAUGUUAAAAUAGAUAUAGCAAGUAAAGUACAUUGUAUAGGUGUUUGUAAUUUAUUUGUAUGAAUACGUGUUGCUAUAGGUGAAUAUGUGUGAAGACAACACGUUAAUGAAUUUAACAAAUCUAUGUAAAUAGACGAUAAUCACAACUGAUUCACACUUGGAAGCAUAAGAAAUGAUUUGAACUUUAUAUACAGAGGAAUAGAGUUCAUAUUAAAUACUUGCAAUGUAGAUAGCAUUAAUGAAGUUACCAAAGCCGCAACCAUUGUACAUUUUGUUUAGCGAUGCUUCAUUGUUGUGUUUGUAAUUUGCGAAUGUAUUUAUUAAAAGUUUUUCAUGA